AAACUCUCAUCACGCCACUCUGCCUCCCCCCAUUCUCCCAAGAGAAAUAGAAGAAAAAAACACACAGUAAACAAAGUGUGUGUGUGUGUUUUUGUGGGGUUUUGUUUUUACAAUCAUUCAAUCUUCAAGAAGCAGCAACGAAAUGAUGGCAGAGGAGCUCGACGACGGGGAGUUCUGGUUGCCGCCGAAGUUUCUCUCCGACGACGACUUGUUGAUGGAGUUUGGGAAUGAGAAGAGCGGCGGGUUCGGGUUGACCCGGCCCAACUCGGAUCUCAGCUCGCCCGGUGAGUCGGUCAUGGGCUCCACCGAGACCGAGAGUGACGAGGAUGAGUACUUGUUUGGGCUGAGUAGGAGGCUCGCGAAAACUUCGCUGAAUGAUGAUUUGUGGAAAGUUGAGCCCAAUAAUAAGUGGUCUUCUACUAUGGCGACUUCGCCGCAAUCGACGCUGUGUAAUGUUAUGGGAGGUGGGUGUGCUUGUUCGAGCCGUGGAAGCCCCAACUGUACUUCACCGCCGCUUUCGAAAGCGGUGAAUCAGAGCGAUACAGCUUGGAGCUUGCUUUAUGAGGCUGCUGGUGAAGUGGAGAAGAUGAGGAGGUUCGAUGAGGCCGCUGCUAAGGCCCGAGCCGCUCACUUCGGAGCGGCUCGAAAGCCUAAUCAAGGAUUUGUUCAAGGAAAGAAUAUGUAUGCGAGCCAAUCCUAUCAGCUCCAAGCAAAUCAGUUUCAGCAAAUGAAGCAGCAGCAAGCAAUGAAGCAGCAGCAGCAGGCGAAUAAUCUCCGUUGGGGUCAGCAACAACAAAUGGGCUAUCAGAACAGGGGAAGGACUGUGAACAAUGGCCGUCCAUUGGGCUUAUCUCAAUCUGCUUGGCCUACUCUCCAGCAAUCUCAGCAGCCACAGCAGCAGGCUGGUUCUGGGAUGAGGGCUGUGUUUCUCGGAAACCCCGGUGCCAAGCGUGAAUGUUCUGGCACCGGAGUUUUCCUUCCUCGUCGAGUUGGAACCGCCACUGAAACUCUCAAAAGACCAGCAUGUUCAACUGUUUUGCUUCCAGACAGAGUGGUCCAGGCUUUGAAUCUCAAUUUGAAAGCCAUGGAUGCAUCUGCAGCCCAGCUGCACAACAGAUCUAAUUCCAACAAUGCCAGCUAUGAAGCAGCUAUUAAGUAUCGGAAUAGUGUUCUCAUGGCGGAAGCUCAGGCUCAACAACGACGAAAUGCAGCUGCUAUCCGGCCACAGCCGAUGGCGGCCGCGAGCAACGAGGUCCGGCUUCCUCAGGAAUGGACUUACUGACCGCUGAAGAUGAAUUCUGAUGAAAUGAUGACCCAUUAGGCUUGUUAGUGUGCUUGUUUGUUUGAUUAAAGUUUACAAAGUGAAAGGAAAGGAGCUUGAUUUGGUAGGGUUUGUGAUAGUGUUGAUGUUAGAACAAGUAUAAUAGGGUUUAGUGAAACUAGGAGUCCAAGUCCAAGAAGAAGCAGAAGAUUACAAUGAUGAAAAGGGUAGAAGAAGAAACAAAGAGCAGUAUUUUUUGGUUAGUGACUUAGAUUAUAAUAAAGAAUGCAAAAGACAGACAGGCUUAUGGCUAAUCCUGCUUAAACCAAGAUUAGCAAAAGCUGGGCCUGGUGGGGAUCGAUGGUGGUUUCUCUUUUGUUGUUUUCUUGGAGAAGAAUAAGAAUUUUACUAUACUAGUAGGAGUUGUGGUAGUGUGAUAGAGCAGCUGUGUUUGGUUCUUUGGGAGUUGUGGGUCUUAUUUUGUGAGUUGCAACCCACUAUAUUUACUUAAUUACUGUCA